AUGGCUCUGGAUACUCGAAACGCGGACAAUGCAGCAUGGAUCGUCAAGGUACCUUACGCGUUGGCCAGCGUCUGGAAGGCGGCUUGUGAGCAGUCCAUGGCAGGCCAGGUGGACGACUCAACGGAGGGCCCCUCCCUGCUGGGGCGCAUCGUGACGGAGCCCACGGCGCAGGCCAUGUUGGCGGAGGGCAUCCCGCGCCGCUUCAAGUUGCAGCAGAUGCCCCUUCCCCCGGGAAACAGCAGCAAGAUGCAUGUCAUGUCGUACGAGAUCCCGACCGGUGGGACGAGCGUACCGCAAGGGGGGUUCUCCCAGGGUGGUGGUGGCGCUGCAGCUACCGGAGGGGGUGGAGGAGGUAGCAGCGGCAGUAGCCAGGCAGGCCGUGAUAUAAGCCUGCCACGUGUGGAGGGUACCAUUCAACAGCGUAUGGACAUGGUGCCCAUGGUCCAGGAUGAAAGGGGCGAAUGGGUGUUGGAUUCUGAGUAUCUCAAGCUCGUACGCUCUCGUACAGAGCAGGCAGCUGAGAAGGUCCGUGUGGUGGGCUACUACGAGGACUCCGUGGACAACGUGCUGGCGGACCUGGCGCAGCAGAAGCGCGUGGAGCAGGACAUCUCGGCUAGGAGGAAGGGCCUCAUUACCGAGACCCGGCAGCCCCACAUGCACCUCAAGGCGGUCCUGGAGGGCAUCGCGGCGCAGCAGAAGAGAGGCCCAAACAAGGACAAGUACGAACUCAAACCCGAGUACCGCUCCAAGAGUCGGGCUCCCGGGAGCUAUGUUAACUUUUGGCUGAGCAGAAGUUCUAGAAGUAAAAAAACGAUGGUGAAAGGGUGCUGGUCCACGGGUCCCCCGAAGGAGCGGCGCCCCCGGGACUUCCUGAUGCAGGUCUUUCUCACGACGCCCCGGCCGACCACCAAACUCGGCGACCACCAAACUCGGUCAAGGCCAAAACCAUCAUCACACUUCAAAACAUCAUCACACCUGAAUGCCUCACACCUGGCAGAGGCCGCAGCAACACAGGACCCUCUCGUGUCACCGUGCACCGAGAUCGAAUACAGCAACCGACAUAUAAGUCACCUUUAG